UCAAUACAUUAAAAAUCUAAACAUUAUUAUUGUGACAUCAUAAUGAUGAGGUGUUUUACUCUCUUGUUGCUUUUUCUUCUUCUUGUUGAUACUCCAUCUUCCACUUGCUCAUCGGUGUUGCCACUGUGCAACCACCAUGAUAACUCAAACUUGCUCCAACUCAAGAACUCAUUUGCCAUCAAGCCUUCACUAUGGUACGAUGAUUAUUGGUUCUUCUCUUCUUAUCCCAAGAUAGCAUCAUGGAAAAACGGUACUGAUUGUUGCGAGUGGGAUGGGGUCACGUGCGACACCACGUCAGGACACGUGAUUGGGCUUGACCUGAGUUGCAGCAUGCUUGAAGGUGAGUUUCAUCCCAACAGCACACUCUUCCAUCUCACGCAUCUUCAACAACUCAACCUUGCCUUCAAUGACUUCUCUGAGUCUCCGAUAUAUCCUGGAAUUGGUAAUCUUGUGAGUCUCACCCAUCUCAAUCUAUCAUUCUCAUCAUUUAGCAGUCAUAUUCCGUCCACAAUCUCACACUUGUCUAAAUUACUCUCACUUGAUCUCUCGUAUAAUGAACUGAGACUUGAUGAAUCCACAUGGAGCAAACUCAUUGGUAACACCACUAACUUGGAAGAGCUGGUUCUAGACGAUGGCGUAAACAUGUCUUCUAUCAGAGAUACAUCAUUGUCUUUGCUAAUGAAUUUGUCAUCCUCUUUGUUGAUCCUGAGUCUUGAUGACACUGGAUUGCAUGGAAAAUUUCCAACUCGUAUACUUGGUUUAACUAAUCUUGAAGAACUAAGUUUGAAUGACAAUGAAGAGCUGAAAGGUGAACUUCCAAAGUCCAAUUGGAGCACUCCUCUAAGGAUCUUGGACCUCUCUUGGACAGCUUUCUCGGAAGAAAUACCUGAUUCCAUUUCGCAUUUGAAGUCUCUUAACAAACUACGGCUAUACCAAUGCCGAUUUCAUGGAUUAAUUCCUGUGUCUUUGUGGAACCUCACUCAACUAACUCAUUUGGACCUUUCAGGAAAUAGACUACUUCAUGGUGAGAUUCCAUCUUUACUUUCAAACCUCAAACAUCUCACCUACUUAGCUCUUAGUCGUAAUGCGUUCAGUGGUCAGAUCCCAGACCUGUUCGACAACUUCACUAAAUUGGAUUAUUUGGAUCUUUCUUCUAACAGUCUAGAAGGUCAAGUACCGCCAUCAUUGUUUUGUCUAACCCAGAUUUCUUUUUUAGAUUUGUCAUAUAAUAAAUUAGGAGGCCAGCUGCCAUCAUCAUUAUUUGAUCUAACUCAACUUUCUUACUUAAGUCUGUCAUAUAAUCAAUUAAUCGGCCCAAUUCCAAGCAAAAAUGUCACACUUUCAAAACUAGAAGAACUACAUUUGAGUAAUAACUUUAUAAAUGGGACAAUUCCAGACUGGUGCUAUUCUUUGUCUUCAUUGACAGUGCUAGAUCUUAGCAUGAACCAGCUAACAGGGCUAAUUAGCAAAUUCUCCACUUAUUCAAUGACUUGUUUAUCUCUCUCUAAUAACAAAUUUCAAGGUGAUUUUCCAAAUUCGAUCUUUGAAUUUCUAAAAAAUCUCAAAUAUUUGGAUAUGUCAUCAAAUGAUUUCAGUGGUCUUGUGAACUUUUCUCAUUUUUCGAAGUUGGAAAAUUUAAAUUCUCUUGAUCUUUCUAACAAUAAAUUUCUCUCUAUUGAUCAUAAUAGUAGCGUUGACUAUGUCUUACCCAAACUUGAGAGUUUAUAUUUCUCUUCUUGUAGUGUUACUGUUUUUCCUUCAUUCCUAGCUAGGCUACAAAAUCUAAGAAGUUUAGAUCUUUCUAACAAUAAAAUCCAUGGAAAGAUUCCCAAUUGGUUUGGUGAUAAUCUCUUGCACACAUGGAAGAGCAUGGACUUUAUUGACCUCAGUUUCAAUCAGCUGCAAGGAGAUCUUCCAAUUCCACCAAAUGGCACCUAUUACUUUUCAGUUUCAAACAACAACUUCACAGGAGGCAUUCCUUCAACAUUGUCCCUCAGUAGACAACUCAUCUUGUCUCACAAUCACUUGUCUGGCACCAUUCCUUCAAUGUUUUGCAAUGGAACCUUCCUCUAUGCACUCAUCUUGUCUCACAACCACUUGUCUGGCGUGAUUCCACAAUGCUUGGGAGCAGUUCCUGAUCUCAUGAUUUUGGAUCUUCAAGUGAACAACCUUCAUGGAAACAUACCUACAAAUUUUUCUCAAGACAACAAUUUUCAAACAAUAAAGUUGAACAACAACCAACUGGACGGUUCGUUACCAAGGUCUUUGUCUAACUGCACAUGGUUGGAAGUUUUGGAUCUUGCAGAGAAUAACAUAGAGGAUGUGUUUCCUAGUUGGCUAGAAGGUCUUCAGGAGUUACAAGUACUCAGUUUAAGAGCAAAUAAGUUUCAUGGUACCAUCACUAGUUUCGGUGCCAAACAUCCAUUCCCAAAGUUGAGAAUAUUUGAUGUUUCCAACAACAAAUUCAGCGGCCCUUUGCCAACCUCGUUCUUUGAGAAUUUUCAAGGAAUGAAGGAUCUGAGUAAUAGUACUCAUCAUCCUCGUGGCUUGUCAUACAUGCGUAGCAGCUUAAGCUUCACUGGGAGGUUGUACAAUGAUUCUGUAGUGGUUAGUAUCAAAGGUCAGUUCAUAGAGCUAGUGAGAAUAUUAACCACUUUUACAACUAUAGACUUGUCAAAUAACAUGUUUGAAGGAGAAAUCCCACAUGUCAUUGGAGAAUUAAGUUCUCUCAAAGGGCUUAACCUUUCUCACAAUAAAAUCAGUGGUAUGAUUCCAAUAACACUGGGAAAUUUGACAAGUUUGGAAUGGUUAGACCUCUCAUGGAACCAACUGAAAGGUGAGAUUCCUAUGGCUUUGACCAAUUUGACUUUUCUGGCUGUCUUGAACCUUUCUGAAAAUCAGUUGAAGGGAAUGAUACCAACAGGAGAACAGUUCAAUACAUUUCAGAAUGAUUCCUACAGAGGAAACCCAAUGCUUUGUGGAUUCCCUUUGUCAAAGUCAUGCGACAAUGACAAAGAACAACCACCUUCAGUGUUUGCUGAGGCAAAAGAAUCAUUAUUUGGGUGGAAGGCAGUAGCAGUGGGAUAUGGAUGCGGAGUGGUAUUUGGGAUGUUCCUUGGAAGGUUGUUUAUCAAAACUGCGAAACCCUUAUGGCUUGCUAGACUUCUUUGUGGUUAUACUUAACAAAGCAAGCCAUGUAAACUGUAGGAGACUGUUGUUAGCUUCAUGUGUUUUCCUUUUUUUUAAUAUUUUUCUGUAAUGAUGUUAGUUUCUCUGUUUGUGGAAUAAAAUAUGUAAUUUCUAUUAAUUAAUGGACCAUGGAUGGGUCAUGUAUUAUCUUUCAUGUGUAUAUUCUUUAUAAAAUGGAUCAUGUAUAUUGUCAGCUUAAUUUUCUUAA